UUGACAUGCACUGCUGCAGAACAGAAUAAUAAAUGCACUGUCUGUCAAGUAAGGUCACAAGCUAGAGGCAACACAGAAGUUGGAGCAAUAACACUGAUGGAUAUACAGAGUCUCGGCAGAACUGGCCAUCUUUUCACUAACUGGGCCACAACAUAUUCCUGCCAACCUGAACUACAUUUUGAACCAGAGACAGAAGAACAGCUCAAACAGAUCCUGAACACUGCACAGAUCAAGAAUAAGAAGGUGAAGGUGGUGGGUUGUGGUCAUUCCUUCUCAGAUCUGGUUUGCACUACUGACUAUAUGAUCAGCAUGAAGAACUUUGACAGAGUCAUAUCAAUUGACAAGGAGGCAUGUAAAAUCAAAGUUCAAGCUGGAAUUGAAGUCAAGAAACUGAAAGAUGAAAUUCUGCCACAGCAUGGACUGGCAUUUAGUGUGUUGGGGUCUGUGUCAGAAGUGUCCUUAGCAGGGUGUAUAUGUACUGGAACUCAUGGCACUGGAGGAAACUAUGGGGUCUUGUCAUCUUAUGUGUUGGGUUUGGAGAUCAUGACAGCUAAUGGAGAGAUCAUUGAAUGCAGUAAAGAGAAGAACCAGGAAGUAUUCUUGGCUGCAUGCUGCAGUCUGGGAGCUCUUGGUGUCAUCAUGUCUGUCACAUUUCAAUGUGAACCUGCAUUUCACCUACAUCAGAGUCAAUACAGGGACACUUUGAACAAUGUUUUGGAUAACCUGGAUUCCCAUAUCACCUCCUCAGACCACUUUCGCUUUGUGUGGAUACCUCACACAGAUCACGUAGUUGUGUACAAAGCCAACAGAAUAUCAGCGCCCAUUUGUAGGAAAGACAGUUGGUUCUGGAAUUAUGCUGUGGGGUGCCAUAUGUUGCAGUUCUGCCUUCUCAUCAGUGCUUUCUUCACUUCUCUUCUUAUUUAUAUGAACCGACUCUUCAGUUGGCUACUGUUCUCUAAACCAAAAGAGAUUGUAGAUAGGGGUGACAGGGUUUUCAAUCUUGACUGUCUUUUCCAACAAUAUGUCAUGGAAUGGGCAGUCCCAAGGGAAAAGACUGCUGAGGUUUUGUUAGAGCUCAAGGACUGGAUAGAGACAAACCAGUUUCCAGCACAUUUUCCGGUAGAAGUGAGAUUUGUCAUGGCGGAUAAUAUCUAUCUCAGUCCAGCAUACAACAUGGAUUCCUGCUACAUUAAUAUCCUUAUGUUCAGGCCAUACAACAAGUAUGUUCCACAUGAGACAUACUGGAAUGCCUUCCAAGAUAUCAUGCUCAGAGCAGGUGGAAGACCACACUGGGCAAAGGACCAUGGUGUUGUAGCUGAUCAGUUUAGAAAAAUGUAUCCAAAGUGGACAAAGUUCUGUGAGAUUGCCCAAAAAGUAGACCCUCAUGCCAUGUUUAGGAACCCCAACCUGGAGAGAGUGCUGGGAAGAAAUUAAGACUAGCACUAGAAGCUUCCUUAUACACUGCAACUGUGCUUUGAUUUGUAUUUUUGUAAUUUAUGACUCACUUGCCAUUUCUUAAACUGAUAUUUGAAAUACUAUUCAAGCGUGUCUUUCAUUUCAGUUUGUCUAUUUCAUGUUGACUGAAAUUUGUCUUCUAUUUGCUUUAAUAUGCUACAUGUGUGAUUUCAAUAUUGGCAUGUCUUUUUAUAAGAAUGAACGAUUUAAAACAAAGUUGAAUGGUUAUCAAUCACAAAACCUGCCUUUAUUCACACACAAAAAAUGCCCCCUGUACAAUGUCGCCCAGCAAAAUCUGAUUUUAGAGAACAUUUCCCUCUAAAAUACAUAAAUGCCCAAUGCUCAAGGCUCAGUAUUUAUAUUUUGACGGUUUGAUGCUGUAAAUGUGAAUCGUGGAUUAAAACAAGGGUGAACAGCAUUUUAACAGCCGAAGAAAAAUUCCCGUUAUUUUUAAUCAGAACACCCAGAAAGGCUUGAAGUAAAGCCGGUCUUUUAUGGAGACCAAAUUCUUGUAAACAAGACAUUUUGUGUAAAAGGAAUACCACAUGUGGUAGGUCUUGGUCCUAUUACUGUCGUGUCUUUUUCCUAAGCUGGAUUUGCCUCAUUCAAUUUCUAGAAAAGUUGUAAGGGUAUAGGGCAAUGUAAAUAAUUGCAGCUAGUAAACUAAAUGCCU